AUGCUCGGUGGAAAAAUACUGAGAAUGGGUUUGAAAUCCAGGAUACGGCAGGCCUGCAUACAUAUGAGUGCUAGAGAAGCAAGUACAGCGCCGGAAUGCGUUGAUUCAGAACACCAGAAGAUAAGCGCUGGAGAAGGCCCUAGUCGAUCUUCCCGACCGGUUGAUGAAGCGAAAGAGGAAGUACUGCGCGAAACUAAGAAGCGCAUCAGAAGAUGGAAAGCAAGAAAUGCUUAUUUAUCGGCACCUGCUGAAGAAGCGAAUGACGACCCUUCUAAAGGCGAUCUUCCGCGAAUAAGUGAAGUGGACUUUGCCCGAAAAGCCGAAGAAGAGGAACGAGAAUGGGCUGAACGUGCUGAUGACAUGUUGGUAAAUCUCAGCUUUGUAUCAACGGAGGAGAACAGGGCCAUUAAACUUCCUUCGGUAAGAAAAUUUGGAUAUAUGAGUGCUUAUAGAUUUGUUUUUUUCCAUUCCAGCAGUUUUGUUUUGUUAGUACUGUUAUAA